AUGGGAGCGGCCAGCACUACCACCGUCUCUCCUCCGACCACAAGACAAUCCGAAUCACGAAAUCGGGUGCAUAUAAUCAACCGUCGCGGCGAUGCUGGAGAUGUUCUAGAUGACGAGGAGACAGUGACCGGGCCUCUUUUGUCCGCUGCUUCCCCCAACCAUAAAAAACAGGGCGUUCUGCAAUACGAUCGUUUUGGUCCGAUGUUGUUACAGGCCCAAAAACUGGUAAUUUAACCUUAUUUUUAACUGCUUCUUGAAAGGCGCUACGACCCUUUGGCCUACAUCGAAAUUUUUGUUUGUGGUGCCAUACCAUCAGGACUCACAUUACGACGCUUUUUUCUUUCGUUGCGAUGCAAGUAUUGGGGUUACUGUAUAGUGAUCAUGAGGAUCGUAACCUGAGGAAUUAAUUGCCAUAGAAAGGGGCACUUAAAGAAGGCGACACGGCGGUGUCACGCUUCAAAUCAUGCAACUCAAACAAGACAUAUCUCAUUUCCUUUUAUAGGCGCUUUAUGUCAACAAUGGCCAUCAACAUGCUAUGGACUGUGUAUUCUUACAGAGGCUGCGACAAUCUGGUUGGCAGGUCCUCGCAACUGCUGCGAACAAUGCCAGCGUCGACCUUAGAAAACACAAGCCUUCUGUCGUCUUCCUCGAUCACAAAUUGAGCGAAAUCUUGGAUAUCCAAACGUAAGUUUACUCACAGUUUGAAACGCUAGAUAUGGUUUAGCAGUGUUUAAGUAAUGUCUUUUCUUUAGGACUCUAAGAAGUUUGCCUGAAGGGGAGGAUCUUCUUUACGCCGUGUUGACUGAUCGGGUUCCAUCAGAGAAAAGAUUGAAGAUUUUGGCUAAGGCAGAUUUAUCACAGGUAAAAAAAAAAUUCGAAGGUGCCAAAUUUUAUUGAAUUUCUACGGCGGCUAUUAACGUAAGAUGUACAUUCUUAAUUUUCAGUUUUUCCUUACCACUUCAUCUGAUAUCCGGCUUUGCGAGCUCUUCGGCCGUUUUUUCUCCAGACUGCGCGCGAUUCCGGCUCUGUUUGCUGUUGUCGAGGAAGCUGAGCAACCCAUAAAGAUCUGUGACGAUCAGAACCUAGUACAAUACGUAAACCGAGCUUACGAAGUAAUUAGUGGACAAAGCCGGAACGACGUCCUCGGAACUGACGCCACCGAAAUGCGUUUGAAGACUAUCAACGGGGCUCCCCCAGCUUCGGCUUCCCUUCCUCCACCCGCACCGACGUCAGUUUCAACCGCGACGACGCCAGGACAAACACAAGCUGGACAUCCGGAUAGUGAGAAUCUAGUGCCUUCCGGGGGUAGUUUUGGAAGUUCUGGCGCGCCAAAUGCACCCCAUGGUCCCCUCCAUUCUCAAGCUUCAACUCGAAGAAGGUCCAGCGAAUGGCAUUGUAUCACAGUCCCUACCAGUUCUCAGGGUAAUCAAUAUGUUUAUGUGAAACGAGGUAGUGCCGAUGCUAUCUGUCGAGAUCUUUCUCUCAAGAGUCUGAGAUCCAACAGUGCUAUGAUGGAUGCACCCAUCACAGAAGCUUUAAACGUUAUCUCCACAGUCCUUCCAAAGUGCGACGAAGACACACAAAGCCAUCUUCGAGAAGCGAUCAAAAUGCUUUCGGUCCAAGAAUUAUAUGCUCCCACGAUAACCCGAUUUACGAGUAAUGACAGAUUUGCUUCCGGUUACUACGACGGUCUUAUACGAGUAAGUCUGAGACAAACAAGUCCCUUUAUAAAUGUGUGUUUUAGUUGCAUCAUCCACCACGGCAAAGGAAACGAUCAGUGGUCGAUGCCUUCAGGGAAAAUCAACGACGGGUUUCUGGAAGUGAAACCAGACGUCGGAUUUCUUCUGAUGUUGUAAACGCCUUGGAAGCCGAGAAUGUCUGGCAAUUUGAUGUAAUAGAAUUGGAAAGAAUCACUGAUCAUCACCCCCUCUCUCAUCUCGGAAUGAAGGUAAUUUUCAAACCAAAAUUACAAAGUUUUUAAAAGAUUUUUGAUCGAUGGAAUGUGGCUGAAACCCUUCGUUGUAAUCCCGACACAAUCCAACGUUGGCUCACUCUAAUCGAAGCCAACUAUCAAAGUGUGAAUCAUUACCACAACGCUACUCAUGCGGCCGACGUCCUUCAAGCUACCUCAUACUUUCUGAAUUCAGAAAAUGUAGGACAACAUGUGCAAGACAAUCAUGCGAUCGCGGCUCUAAUAGCGGCAACUGUUCAUGAUUUGGAUCAUCCAGGUCGGGGGAAUGCCUUUCUAAUGAACACUCGACAACGACUUGCCUUGUUGUAUAACGAUCACUCCGUUCUCGAGAACCAUCACGUCGCUUUGGCGUUCCAUCUGACCUUGUCCCAGUCUGGAGUCAACAUCUUCGCUCGCAUGAGUCGAUGCGAAUUCUCAUCGCUCCGCCAGGCCAUUAUUGAGAUGGUGUUGGCCACUGACAUGACCAAGCAUUUCGAAUAUCUCACCAAAUUCCAACAGAUGUUACUCAAUCCUACUGUAAGUUGACUCUUUCGAACAGUUAUUUUUUCACAUCCCAAAAUUGAUGAAUUGAUUUAGGACGAGGACGAUGAAAGAGAAAACAAUUCGCUGACCGUUUGUCGAAUGCUGAUAAAAUGUGCUGAUAUUGGGAAUCCGGCCAGAGAAUGGAAACUAUGUCACGAAUGGGCAAUGCGGAUAGUCGAAGAGUAUUUCGAGCAGGUGGGUGGUUACUGUGGACGUUGAUAUUCUAUUCAAAAUUCAUUAUACGGUCAAAUGAUGUAUGUUUCAGACGAGUGAGGAGAUGGAGAAGGGACUCCCUGUUACAAUGAAAGGCUUCGACCGCGAGAGUUGCAAUAUCCCCAUGACCCAAUGCACUUUCGUCGAUCUCUUUGCGAGAGAGACCUUUGCUAUUUGGGCCGAAUUCGCGGAUCUUCCAAUCCUGUUGAUACAUUUGGAAAGUAAUUAUGAAAAAUGGAAACAGCAAGCAGAUUCCUGGGAUCCGACUAAAAACUUGAAUCUGAAGGCUGUCAAGUCGUGA